CCCACAUAGCAAAGUUCACUCGCUCCCUCAGUGAUUCGUACACGGAUAUCCAGUCCAGCUUUUGGUCUGCUACGUUUUUUAUUUGACUAUUUUUUGUUGUGCCACUUCGAAGAUGCUGCAAAACGACGCAGAAGUCAGCAAAGACAUCGACAUGGUCAUGUCUGACAACACCGACGUGAGUUCUGAGGACAGACAAUCUGAAUGUCAGUCACCGGAAAAGAAGAAACGCACGAGAAAGUCACGAGCAAAGUCACGUGAUCCACUGCGCCAGAAACAGGUGGCAGUUUCCAGACGUGGACGCGCAAACGACAGGGAAAGGAACAGGAUGCACAGUCUCAACGAUGCCCUUGACGUCCUCCGUACAACGUUGCCAACGUCGUCCGACGGCAAGCUCACCAAGAUCGAGACCCUGAGAACAGCAUAUAACUAUAUUUGGGCCUUGUCUCAAACGCUGAAGAUCAUUGACAGUGACGACAAGGUUCCUUCCACAAAACCCGAGAUGGACACACCACCGUGCGCCUUCACCCCCAGCAACCCUGUCUCACCCUCCAACGACUUCUACAUGUCCCCCCAUCCCGAGUCCCCCAGCAGCGACAUCUCAAGCCACUACAGUCAGCACGACUCCACUUUCGUCGACAGCGACUACAGCCAACACGACUCCACCCUCGUCGACACGAUGACUCAUGGGUCUUUCUCCUACACGGACAAUUCCGAAGCCUACGCUUAUCAUGACAACCAGGAGAAGAACUUUUACUACCAGAGUCCGAACAAGCCCCAGCAGUAUUCCCACACCACCCCAUACGAAUACCCCAACGGACAGUGUCUCUACCCCUUCCCGCACCCCCAGGGAAUGGGCAGCCUGACCUCUCUAGUGCUAUAGAAGGUAUUCGGGAAGCUGACUGUCUGUGAUAUAACCUCGUAACGUUGUGAUGGCGUUUCGAAAGAACUUUCUUCCAAGACGUAUUUUGUGAAUGGGUUCACUAAAGACUUUGAUCUCAGGAUUUCACCGAUGUGCAAUUACCAGAUGGACGUAUUUCAGUCAGUAUAUUUUGUAUUGUGCCUUCGCUCCGAUGGUUACCUCACCACCAGGUACCGUUGAACGCUUGUAUAUGUUCAUGUUUAUCAUAUUUGUUGCUAUUAUGAAUAUGCUCAAUUUGAGUAAUGUUGAUACCCUAUGACUGUUUGUCUUUUUGGCAACAUGAUUACAAUAAAA